AAGGCAGUGGGGUUGAGGAGGCGGGGGUCGUCCAUUGCGGUAAAAAUAGUAAAGAUAAAAACACCGGAGAGCGCGAGCCAGCGGCUAAGCUAACACCUCUGCGGUUACACUAAAUAUUGGAGCCAUUUUGUUCGAAGUGACUCGCCACAUCGAAGAUGAAUUUUGAGCAGCCCCCUCCAUACCCAGGCGGUGGUCCAACUGCCCCAGGUUACCCAGGCCAAGGACCACCACAAGGCUACCCACCCCAAGGUUAUCCUCCUCAAGGAUUCCCAGUUAACACAGACCAGCCCAACCCAGCUUACCCCAACUACCCUGCUGGACCAAUGGGCCCUGGAGGCCCCUACCCUGGCCCAGGACAGCCCCCAUUCCAGGGAUAUCCUGGACAGCCACAGUAUGCCUGGCAGGGGGGAGGCCCUCCUGGACCCAUGUACGGGGAGGCUCCAAAAAACACAGUGUAUGUGGUGGAGGACAGGAGACGGGACGACACAGGAGACACCUGCCUGACGGCCUGCUGGACGGCACUGUGCUGCUGCUGUCUCUGGGACAUGCUGACAUAACGUCCCUCUUCAUUUGUUCAGCCUUAUUAGUUUCCUGUAAGCCCCCCCCCCCCC